UGCUGGUAUUGUCUCGAUAAGACGAAACGGUCGCAUUUCAUUCACAAAUCCAAUACCAUCACAAUAAUCGAAAAACAGCAAAAUUCUGUUGGUAAACAUACGCAAAAGAAAAGACAAUUGGCAAUUAAUGCGCCAGCAUGCAACCAGUUGCCGAUUUUCCAAUACUCCGAGUCUGGCCAGCGCGCUUUGAAUAAAUGCGCGGCGGAUUAUGGUUAUCACUGAUUAGACAAAAUAGAGCACUUGGAGGAGCGCUGCUGUGUUGAGUCAUCACCAAAAUAGCCAAAAAGAAAACAACAAAAAAACAAAGCACGAGAGCAGCAGCCUUGAGGCCGACCGUUAGCCCCACCGUCAGAGAGCCACAGGUGAGAGGCGAGUCUCCUGCCCGGAUGGCGUAAGCGAGUCCAAGGAACCACCCCAUCAUCGCACAUCGCAUUCAUCGUUACGCGUCGUUGACUAAGAGCACACACACAGACACACACCUUUUCGACGCCCACGCAAUCUCUCUUUGGCUGCUUCAGCAAUGGAGGACUACAAGUUCCUGUUCAAAAUCGUCCUUGUGGGUAACGCUGGCGUCGGGAAGACCUGCUUGGUGCGGCGCUUCACCCAGGGACUGUUUCCGCCCGGCCAGGGCGCCACCAUAGGUGUGGACUUCAUGAUCAAAACCGUGGAGGUGGAGGGCGAGAAGAUUAAGCUACAGAUCUGGGACACGGCCGGACAGGAAAGGUUUCGCUCUAUCACCCAGAGCUACUACCGCUCAGCUCAUGCACUGAUCCUGGUGUACGACAUCAGUUGCCAGCCCACGUUCGAUUGCCUGCCCGAUUGGCUGCGCGAGAUCCAGGAAUAUGCCAACUCUAAGGUGCUGAAGAUACUUGUCGGCAACAAAACGGACCGAGACGACCGCGAGAUACCCACCCAGAUUGGCGAGGAGUUCGCAAAGCAACAUGACAUGUACUUCCUGGAGACGUCUGCCAAGGAGGCGGAGAACGUGGAGCGGCUGUUCUACGAGAUUGCCGCUGAGCUGAUUGGCCAGGCGCGGAGCAAGGAUGGCAGCAGUGCUGCCGCUGCGGCGGCCGCUCAGCGACAAUCGGAGGGAAGCUCCAUUGGACUGGGGAGCUUCAGUGCCAAAGCAGCGCAGAGUAAUUGCUGUGGUGGACUCGCCGGCGGCGGCGGAGGUGGCAGCAAUGGCUCAAACACUAGUCAUACGGGCUAAGGUUUACGCCAAACUGAGAAACUGAGCAGCUAAUUUAUACCUAGUUAAAGCUAAGUCGUGAUAUUCCAUUGAUCUUUUGAGAGUCCAUCGCAAUUAUUUUAUUUUUUUUUUUACGGCUAAUCCAGCUUCCAUAUUCUAAGGAUUGUAUUCCCAUGACUGUUUGACUUUCGUUCGGGGAAGCCUAACAUCACAGUUACCCAUGACUAAAGAAUUCUUCAAUUUCUGAAUAUCACGAUGAAGAUCCACUCCAAAAACUAGCUGUCAAUGACUAAAUGGAUGCUAAAUAUUUGUGUUACAUAAACUUCAGUCUCCUGAAGCCUGAUUUUCUUGAUUAAGUAUUAUAUAAACGUAUUGAUUGCGAUUACCAAGUGAGCAUCACAGCUAAUGCUUCAGAUGAAUUUAUUAUAUCAAUAAUUAAUGCACACACAGUUCUGUUUAGUUUUAAUUGUUUUUCCUAAGGAGUAUUGUACAUUUUAUACAUUUUUUUUCUAUGUAUUUAUUUUGCAAUUACUUUAAAGUAUUUUUAUAUGAUUAAUGUGCAAUCAUUUAUAAAGCAAGUUUUAAUGGUACUCGUAAUAUUGUAAGGUGAUUUUAUGACAUUCCAAAAAUUAAGCAUGUAGUUAAAACUAUGGGAUAGACCACAAACGAAAGCUAAAUGAAAAACUAAAGAAAGAAAAUAAACUGAUAUUGUAAUUUAGAAGGAAA